AUGCUCAAAUUCUUGACUCACAAGCUACGAACGCAUUCGUUGAAUGAGGAGAACGUUUCCGAGAAGGUGGAGGAGCGGGACUCUGGCACCGAGUCGGACGACGAGGCCGAGCGCGCCGACUCCGGUGAGUCCAGACCUUCGGCCUAUUCAUCUAACUCCCGUCCCUAUGCCCUUAACUGGCUCUCGGCGAGUUUGCCGGCCGGCACUAUCUUACGCUAA